UCAUCAUGCUCUAUAGCCGGCUUUUAUCGAGCUCCUCAAGGGCUUUAAAUACCUUCAACACCCGCUGCUUCCCAAUCAACACACGAUAUCUUAGUUAUUCUAGACGUCUUUACAAGCCCGCAAUGCCUGAAAAAGAUCCCGGUUACAAGGACCGCCCGCCAUACAAGAUACGGUCUGAUGAAGAGUUUGGACCGGUCAAAUGGCGCGCAAGCUGCAAUUGCGGCCAAGUCACUUACAAGAUCAGCCGAGAGCAGCCACUGAACGCGAAGUACUGCCACUGUCGAGGCUGCCAAGUGACUCAUGGUGCUCCAUUCCAGUGGUGCGCAGUGUUCCAUAAGUCUGACCUCCAGUUCAACAAAGGCACGGAGGGCCUGUCCUUCUACUCUUCCCAGGACAAAUCCAGAGACUACCAGUUACCAACAAAGGUGGCAUGUGCGCACUGUCGCAGCCCGAUCCUAGACGAAGGAAAGAAUGUCUGUUUGAUUUUCCCGGAGUUAAUUGACUAUGAGGGGUCGGGUACGGAUCACGAAACCUGGAGGAAGGCUUUUGAGUCAAAGAUGCAUAUCUUCUAUUCUGCUCGUACAAUGGAUAUCCCGGACGGUAAGCCGAAGUGGGCUGGAAUGGAUGAACAGAGCGAGGCGCUUGAUGACUAUGGAAAGCCGAAAAAUAAGGAUGAUAAUUCGCGGAUUUAACCGUCUGCGUAGUGGCUAUGUAUGAAUAUCAAUUGAAUGUAGUUCAAGAAGGAAUUGUCUCGUUACAAAG